CGCGCUCUCGCACGCACGCACGGACGCGCCCCGGCAAAUAUGCUUCGCCAGCCCGCGCUUCUCGCGCUCCUUCUCGCGGGCUUCGUCGGCCGCGCGAAUGCGCUCAACUACAUGGCGGGCUACCAGCCCCUCACGGACGUGAGCGAACGCCAGAACAUGGACAUCGACCUCGAGGCGAUGGACACGGACAGCCAGUACUUGCUCGGAGGCGAGUGCGGCGGUAACUGCAAGCUCAACGCUUGCACCGGCGUGACCUCGUCCUGGUCCACGGGCGAAGGCUGCAACUAUGAUGGAUCCACGGUGGCCUGGAACCUGGUGGCUGGUGGCGCGGCGUACAACGGGUCCCCGGAUAACACGAACACUGCGUACACGAUCUGGUCUAACGGAUACGGGUCCACCGCCAGCGACGGUGUCAGCAAGCGCACGUUCUUCGGCCUCGCCUCGGCGCUCGACAACAACAAGGGUGCCAGUGACUCCGUCAGCAUGGCAAACAACAAGUUCAUCAAGCUCAUGAAGGCGUACUGGGAAGGCACGAUCGGCCUGACCGCGAACGCGUGGAUGACCGACAUGGUCGAGCACGCGUUCACGGGCGAAGCCGUCGGCGCCCUCAACUUCGGCACCGUCGGCCGCGACUUCCGCAGGCAAGCGAUCACUAAAGGCAGCCUGUACCUCAACGUCUUCCCUUACAUAAUCUGGGAGCUUCAGGACGCCGUUAACGACUGCAAAACCGGCUCGUGGACGGGCCAAGCGUGGGAUGAAGGGCUCGCGUUCUACGCCGGUAACAUUGGCGGAGGCGCCGCGCCGUCGGACACCGGUUCCAUGCAGUACGCUCUCGCGGACAAACGCUGCCAGAACUUCAACACGUGCGCGGACGGCUUCACCGGCCAAUCCAAGGUCAACCAGGAGAUCAUCGCGCUCUUCGCGGAUGGCAAGAACAACUACUUCUCGGCGUCCUCGAACACGGACCAGUGCAACAUGAUCGAGCACCUCGGCGACAGAAUCAUCGGCCAGAUGCUCAUCCCGCUCGUGCAGGGCACGGUCCGCUACCUGUACAAGACGUCCGAGUCGCAAUCCUCCAAGGAAGCGGGCGAGCUCUGGGCGUUUGCGACGGCCAUUCUUCCGUUCGUGCACGCCGUCGACCCCGACGCGGCGGCGAGGCUCUACAACCGCGCGUGGAAGCACGACUUCUCGGAGCCGUGGACGGACAUCCGCGGCGCGAUCGAGGGCACGUACGGCGGCUUGGGCGCCGGCGACGCCGUCGGCCAGGUGUCGUGCGAGGCCGUCGGUGACUUGUACGAUGAGACCAAGACGCUCAUCUCCGCGGGCGGGUGCUACGGCGAGGAUGAGCUCGAGGACUGGGAGAUCGCGCUCAUCGUCCUCGGCACCAUCGCGCUCGUGAGCUUCCUCGGCUGCGGCGCGUACGCCAUCUGGUCGCACGUGAAGAAGCAGCGCGUCCAGAAGAAGUACGACCAGCUUCUCAUCUCGAAGACUGGCGCGAUGAUGCCCGUCACCGUGUAACGCGGAGGCGACGGACGUCGGGGAGGGGGGGGAGUCUCGCACUCGUUCAUUCGAUCUUGUACAUACGGUGAAACGAACGUGAUACGUUUUAAUAAUAACAACAACUUUUCAUGAAUAAC